GUUCGUUGUGCUAUGCGAUAAAAAUUGAAUUCUUUGAAAAUGGAAAAGUGUUCGGCGGAUAGAUUCAUACCUAGACGAGCUGGUGAGGACUUUAACUUGUCAAAUUUUAAGCUGCUAGCGAACAAAGAUGUGCACAUGCCGAAAUUCGAUUUGGACCAUCCGCGGUAUUUGAACUACGCUCAAAUGAAAUACAAGAUGAAUAAUUACGUCGGUAAUUUGUGGCAAGCGAUAAUGGAGAAAGACAGAAAAGUGUUAAAUUUUACGGAACCGAAGAGAUAUAAAAGAUGCACAAACAGUUCGUUGGUGAAUAAGGAUUGGCCUGUGAAAGCAAGGAAGAAACCGAUGAUCGGAGCGCCGAACAUAGUAUUGGACAUUCCGGAUUUGAACACCAACCUGUGCAUGCAUAUUACAGAAUGGGGUAAAUCUGGUUAUUUGGCGUCCGUGUUCAACAAGGAAAUCUGCCUGUGGUGUCCAGAGCUAUCGUGUGAUGGAUUCACUACGAACACAGGGAAGAUGGUGAACAAAUGCAUCCGGUGGAGCACGGACGGAACGCGAUUGGCAUUCUCUAUGAGCAAAAAGAACGUAGGCAUCCUUGACGUUGACGUAAAGAAAGUGACGAGAGGACAAUGCGGAUGCUGCUACUUUUGCACAAUUACGGCUAUUGCCUGGUGCAACACAAAUCAAUAUCUCCUGACCGGCUGCACGAACGGCGUCCUCAGUUUAUUCACAUCGACAUUAAUGCUGAUGCAAGUCUGGAAUCCGACACAUUGCGGGCCAAUAUAUUCAAUAGAAUUCUCAAGCCAAGGCAACUACUUUGCGACUUCCGGUGAAGACGAAAUAGUGAGGAUGUGGAACUGGCCCAUCCAGGAGAACCUGGAAGUGACCAUGUACGAGAAGAUCUCAAGCAUCGCAUGGCAUCCAUUCCAGGAAUCACUUCUGGCCGUGGGCAAGUUCGAGGGGGAGAUCUCCUUUUGGAACGUCAGCUCCGCGAAACUUGCCGCCCAGAAAAAUUUAUAUUCGGAAUGCGACUGUUUAACAUGGAACGAGAUCACCGGAGAGCUUGUGGUGAGCUUAUACGGCGAUGAUGACGGUAAGAAGGGCUACAACGAAAUACUCGUCCUUUCAAACACCAACACCGUAGUAGACGGCAUCGUCUGGCAUCAAGGUCCUGUCCCAUAUCUAAUGUGGAGUCCGGAUAGACGGCAAUUGGCAACUGCAGGCGUUGACGAGAACCUAUGCAUUUGGGAUUUCCUAGAGCGUAAAAAACAGAAGGUCUACGAGAACAGGAAGCCCUUUCAGAGUAGCAACUUUGGAAAGUGCAUCCGAUAAAUGCAACAACUCACGCCUCUAUUUUUUUAACCUUUGUUACGUGUUAAAUUAUUUUAUUAUAUUUAAUAAACAUUCUUAUUUUAAA